AACAGCAGCCCGGGCCAAGCGCCUCCUCGCGAAGGCCCGGAGCCGGCGCGGUUGCCACGGCAACCGGCGGCGUAGGCAUUCGUUUGGGGGCCUGGAGCGCGGCGGGGCCCGCCUGGGUCGCAGCUAAAGAGCGCUCGCUCGCUCCCGCUCCGUGAGGCGCCUGGCCCGCUUCUUCCUCAGCCAGACAGAUACGGCAAAGGUGGGCCGAGGACGGAGGCCGCUUGUCGGAGCUCCUCGGCCGGCUGACAGGCUCCAACGGGGGGGAGGGGACCACCACCACGUAUGCGAGGAAACCUCACGAGGGCAGACGCGGCAGGCGCAAGUCAGCCCCAGUCACUCCUGCCUCGGCUGGUUUGGGGGCUCCGGCCGAGACUGGAGAGGCGGGAAUUCUGCUUUGCUUCUCGGCGAGAUCGAGACUCCUUCGCAGCGCUUCUCUUUCCUUCCUAGGUGCCGGACGCCAGGGACUAGCGCCGUGGGCAGUUUGAAAGGGAUUGCGAGGAGCGCCUGGGAGGAGCGCCUCGCCAGGCCUCUGGACGACAUCUACCCACACACCCCGUCGCCGAGUCCCGAGAGCCGCCUGCGCUCAGGACGGCGCUUUGAGAAGCCGCCCGCGGGCCUGGCGGGAGGGAAGCCGGGCCGGGGGGGGGCGCGGGUUGGCUUUCGUCUGGAUGCCGUGGCCGAAGUCGCUUAAGCCCUGAGGGCCCGAGCUGUGCUUGAACAGGGCAACUUUUGAGGUCCUCGGGCGUGUUGCCUCGGCCGGUGCCUUUGUGGGUCUCUAUCUAGUCUGCAGAUGUCUGGGAGGGAGGCUUGCAGAAUAGCCUUUCCUGCCCUUUAGGCCUAGUAGCCGGCCGAAAAAGUCUGUAAGUGAAGAGAGUGAGACGGGGCCAGGGGUGUAGUCGCCUGGGUGGUGGUGUCUUAGACCUUUUACUUUUUUGGGAGCAGAGUCCCCCUUAUGUCUGCAGCCUCCUAUGAGCCAAUCAGUAAGAAAGGGGCGAGUGUUAGCCACCAAGAAGAGUCUUCUAGCUGCUUCCUUGUCCUUUCCUGCUGAUUGGAGCAAAUCACAAUGAAAGGAGGAGAGUCUGCCACUGAGAAGGCUCUUCACAGUAGCUAACACUCUCCCCUUUCAUGCUUAUUGGCUCAUAGGGGCAUUUGUUGUUGUGGGAGAAGGCGUUAACAAGGAUUUCAUUUUGAACCCAGCAGAAAAAAAAGAUGGAAGGGGGUGUGGCUAUGACUAUCAUGGGCCCCGCACUUCUGAAUUUGCCACUACACUACUGAAUGGGGCACAUUGCGGCAGGAGCUCCUCAGGCUCUUGAGCUGGUUAUGGUGAAUGUGCACAGCUGGAGGCCAGGGCCUGAACGCCCACAGAGAGCAUUCAGCAAGGGGUCACGCUGUGGAGGAGAGAAUCAGUCAUCUUGGGGCUGCCUAUGAAACGCAAUGGGAAAGAACAGUUGCUGAAUCCUCUGAGUGAUUAGCAUUCUAAACUGAACUUGUGGUGCCCUUUCUGACUGCUGCUACUCUGGAUAGAUUGGGAGAACAGGCACAGGAAGCAGAGAGCUCCCAUUCUGCUAAGUGAGAGGCAUUUUAAAAGUGCCCUAUUCAGCCACUAUUUUUACUAGCAUCUUUGCAGUUGGACACUGGGGGUGAAGACUACAACCAGCAUCCCCACCCUGAAACUUGGCUUGCUACUUUUCUCAAGUAGGGAGGAAGGUGACUCAUUUGCAAGUAUAAAGUGCUCAGUGGUGGGCAGUAGUUGCUUGCUAAAUACAUCCUUCUGUGACAUAUUUUAAAAAGUAGCACUUAAUGCUGGAGCAGCAAGGACUUGUGUUGCAUCAUGUGUUCACCUUCUGAAAUGUUGGAACUCUGCCUCCUGUUGAAAGACUUCCUCUGUUUUCUUGCAGAUGCCUCUUAGAGUUCUGUGUCAUGAUCUGGGACCUGCCUAAGUGAGAAACUUGUGGGCAAGGCACCUCCCACCAAAUGCAGUGUGUGUUGUCUCUCAGCUCAUCCUUAAUGCCGCCUCCACCCUUCCUCGUGCUGCUGCCAGGAGCGGCUCAGUAACCAGCACGACGGCAUUUCUAGCAUUCCAUUCCAGAUGCCAAAGAUGAGUGGAGGGUUUCGGAGGAAGAGAGACUGAAACAGACACCAACAAUUAGGCAACUCCAGGGCUUGGCAGACAAAGGUGCUGCUGCCAAGUUGGAGGGCAGAGACUUUUGCCCCUACUUUCCUCAGGAGAAAAGUUAAAUUUUAACAGGAUUGAAAAGACAAGUUAUUGACUUACACUGAAGAAAAACACGUGGUGUAUCUUUGUCCUUGGAGAUUUUCUUUUCUAUGGGCUGCAGAUAAAGCUGGUGUUUUGAACUUUCAAGCAAAUAAGGAACUGGGAACUAGGAACCAACUUCAGCAUCGUUAUGUUAUCUGAGACUGAUGGGAGUUGUAGUACAACAACAUCUGGAGGGAAUUGUAGUCCAACAACAUCUGGAGGGCACUGUGUUGAAGACCCAAUUAGAUUAGCACAACUCCCUUCCCACCUACCCAUCUGUAUCAAACACAUCCAGAAAGGCUCUACAAGCGGAGGUGUGCAAGGCUGGCUGUCAGCUGAAGAUCAAAGGAAGGUUUGGCAUAAUCAUCAAGCUGGGCACAAAACCGAGGCUGGCAGCUGCUUGCAGCUGCGACAUCCUGGAGCAAGAAGCUGACAACACACAUAUGGAGAACUCAGGGGGGAGAUUCUUCAGUGGGCAACGGCCCAGCUUGCCAGGGGCACGUCAGCUUCCUAUGGUUCAGAAGUUGGUGGACUCUCUGGCCCAGCUGCAAGAGGAAAAGUUGCAGCUGCAGCAAGAGUUGCUGUUGCUCCAGGAAAAACUUUCUGUGCAAGAGAACAGCCAACUCAGUCAGGCUGUACAGCUGCAGAACCAGACAGAAAGUCUGAAGGACAAACUCCUGGUGCAAGCACAGGAAAUGAACAGGCUCCAUUCUGUGUUGGGUGGCACAGACCUGGAGAAGCACCGAGACCUGCUGGUUGCAGAAAAUGUGCGUCUAAAGCAAGAGAUGAAGAUGUGUGAGGCACAGCUGCAGGAGCUCAAGAAGCAGCCUGUGAGAUGUGUGAACUGUGAGCAUAGCAAGGAGAAUGUGAAGUUGCAGGAAAAGCUGGCCCAGCUAAAGCAAGAAGCGGAAGAAGUGAAAGGGCGCCUGUCUGAACUGGACCUAGAAGUGGAGCAGAAAACCAAUCGCCUGGCAGAAGUGGAGCUACGGCUAAAGGACUGUCUAGCAGAGAAGGCAGAGGAGGAGGAGCGGCUCAGCCGGAGACUGAGGGACAGUCAGGAGAUGAUCGCCAGCCUCAGAACCCAGCCUCAGCAGAUUAAGUAUGUCAUCAGAACUAUGGAAGUUGAGUCGUCAAAGACCAAGCAGGCCCUUUGUGAAGCCCAGUCCCGGAACCAGUACUUACAGGACCAAGUUGGAAUGCAGAGGCAGGUGCUGAAAGAGAUGGAGCAGCAGCUGCAGAACUCUCAGAAGGCAGCAGCUCAGCUCAGAGCUCAGGUUACAAUGUAUGAGUCUGAGCUAGAACGGGCCAAUGAGCAGAUGCUGGAAGAGAUGCAGAACAUGGAGGAGGACAAGAAUCGAGCCAUUGAAGAAGCAUUUGCUCGAGCACAAGUGGAAAUGAAAGCUGUUCACGAGAACUUGGCAGGAGUGAGGACAAAUCUCUUGACACUCCAACCAGCUCUUCGAACGCUUACCAAUGAUUACAAUAGCCUGAAGCAACAGGUCAGAGAAUUUCCUGUUCUUCUCCAAGAAGCUCUACAGAGUGCCAAGGCUGAGAUUGGGCAGGCCAUUGAAGAGGUGAACAAUACAAAUCAGGAGCUUCUAAGAAAAUAUCGUCGAGAACUGCAGCUCCGGAAAAAAUGCCACAAUGAACUUGUGCGGUUAAAAGGCAAUAUCCGUGUGUUUGGUCGCGUUAGGCCAGUAUGUAAAGAGGAUGGUGUUGGGCCAGAAGCUGCCAAUGCUGUGACAUUUGACUCUGAUGAUGAUGCCGUCUUGCAUCUGAUGCAUAAAGGGAAGCUGGUAUCAUUUGAACUUGACAAGGUUUUUCCUCCAGAAGCAACACAGGAAGAUGUCUUCCGGGAAGUGCAAUCCCUGAUCACAUCCUGCAUUGACGGUUACAAUGUUUGUAUUUUUGCCUAUGGGCAGACAGGUGCCGGCAAGACAUACACGAUGGAGGGAACUCCUGAAAACCCGGGAAUCAACCAGCGGGCACUCCAGCUUCUCUUCUCAGAAGUGCAAGUGAAAGCCUCAGACUGGAACUACAAGAUCACCGUCAGUGUGGCAGAGAUCUACAAUGAAGCCCUCAGAGACUUGCUUGGAAAGGAGCCUCAGGAGAAGCUGGACAUCAAACUGUGCCCAGAUGGCAGUGGGCAGCUCUAUGUGCCAGGCCUAACGGAGUUCCCUGUCCAUUGUGUAGAAGACAUCAAUCAGGUCUUUGAAUUUGGUCAUAUCCACCGAGCGACUGAAAGCACCUAUCUGAAUGAGCACAGCUCUCGGUCUCAUGCCCUCCUAAUUGUCACUGUGAGGGGACUUGAUUACAGCACAGGAAUACGAACCACAGGGAAGCUGAAUUUGGUAGAUCUGGCGGGCUCUGAGCGUGUGGGGAGGUCUGGUGCAGAGGGGAGCAGGCUGCGUGAGGCACAGUACAUCAACAAAUCGCUCUCGGCUUUGGGAGACGUGAUUUAUGCCCUGCGCUCCCGCCAGGGUCAUGUGCCGUUCCGCAACUCCAAGCUGACUUACCUCCUUCAAGACUCUCUCAGUGGCGAAAGCAAGACCCUCAUGAUGGUCCAGGUCUCUCCAGUUGAGAAGAACACAAGCGAGACCCUCUGUUCCCUCAAGUUUGCUGAGAGGGUUCGUUCGGUAGAACUGGGCCCUGGCUCGCGGAGAGCAGAAUUAGGCUCCUGGACCAGUCAGGAGCACUUGGAGGUGGAAUCAUCAGUCACAGCACAACCUUGCAUCCGGACACAGUCUUCUCCUCGGACGCGGCGAGCAAGUUCACUCCGGGCACGGCUCCAGACUUCAGGGAAGCUGAGGCCAAUCCCUGUGUGAAAGACAGCUUUUUCAAGAAGGAGUUGGGGAAACCAUGAAUGCUUUUAAGAGACAAUUCUUCAUGCCCUCCAAGGCUGAUGGACACUGAUUUGGGAGACACAAAGACGUUUCUUGCAAGUGCAGCUGCAGAAAAGGAAAGGGUGGUGCCAUCUACCGUCUCCUGAAGAGCAAAGGUCUCUCCAUCAGACACACCCAUCCUGAACAAGGAUGACUUGCCAACCCUUUGUUGCACCUCAUCCAUUGCUGGCAGUGGAUAUACUUGGGCUUGAAUACAAUUGGACUUCAGGAGAUGGUUCAUUCACCUAACGGGGUGAAUUUUAAUUAUAUUUUAAAAGGAAGAAUGGAGAUUCUAGACACAUUCCCAUCCUUUUGGCCCUUUGCUUUGAUUUUUAAAUUUAAUAAACUCUUUGCACCAUGUUUCUGCUUUUUCAAAAACAAAAAACUCACCAGUCUCCCUUGUUACAGGAAGACAAUAGUGAAAGCCAAAUUCAGUUUGGGCUAGGUUUGAGCUGAACCUGCAAAGUAACUCCUGCUCACUUCACACAUUUACUACUUGACAUGUUUUGGCAGGGACUAGGGACAUUUCCUCCAAAUUUUCAUCUUUCCCGCUUCAUACAAUUCUUUAGAAAUCCUCAGAGUGAACACUGCAGAAGGAUUCUUAUACUUGUUGAUGCCACUGUAAAAUACAGAAUUAGUUAUUUGCCCCUAUUUUUAUUAUUAUAUUUAGGGAUGGAUCAGUCUAUUUCCAGUCCAUGUCAUUUUUGCAUGUGUUCCUUUCUUUUGUUUUGUCUGAUUUCCGUACAAAUAUGUAACUAAAAAAAUAAAAGUCUCCAUAACUUU